ACAAGGGGGGGAGAUCUGGGGAGGGAACAUACAAGAACUGGCCGGGUUGCAAAGACAAGGGUGAGAGCUUGAUUCCGACGAAGAAGACGGUGAAGAAGAUGAUGGCUGAGCGCAUAGGUCAAUCAGCUGCUUCUGCUUUCAACAAUUUCAAGGACAAGAAAAAGGUCAAGCCUGGUGAUGCGUAGUCUGCUUAAUAUGGUAUUCUACUUAUGUAGAAAGUACGUAUCGAAAUUGUGUAAUUAUGUAGCCAAUCACUCAUGCUUGGUGGUUGGUGUAUUUGCUCUGCUUACACGUAUGUUAUCUAUGGUUCAUGAAUGAAGUCUCAUAUGCAUUCACAUUUUUAGUUUUACCAAAAAAGAAUAGCUCUUG